AUGUCGGCUCACCGGCCAAAUGCGUUCAAUAGCCUGAGGAUGGGAGAGGUGAUCCGCGAGAAAGUCCAAGAUGGCGUAACUGGCGAAACCCGGGAUCUUCAAUACACACAGUGCAAAAUUGUCGGAAACGGCUCCUUCGGCGUUGUCUUCCAGACCAAACUGUCCCCUUCAGGAGAAGACGCCGCCAUCAAGCGUGUUCUUCAGGACAAGAGAUUCAAGAACCGUGAACUUCAGAUAAUGCGCAUUGUCCGACACCCCAACAUUGUCCAGCUCAAGGCCUUUUACUACUCCAACGGUGAACGCAAAGAUGAAGUCUACCUCAACUUGGUCCAGGAGUUCGUUCCAGAAACCGUCUACCGUGCCUCCCGAUUCUUCAACAAGAUGAAGACGACCAUGCCGAUCCUCGAGGUUAAGCUGUACAUCUACCAGCUGUUCAGGGCUCUGGCGUACAUCCACUCCCAAGGCAUCUGCCAUCGAGAUAUCAAGCCCCAGAACCUCCUCCUCGACCCCAACAGUGGCAUCCUCAAGCUCUGUGAUUUCGGUAGCGCAAAGAUUCUGGUGGAGAACGAGCCCAAUGUGUCAUACAUUUGCUCCCGGUACUACCGUGCUCCCGAGUUGAUUUUCGGUGCCACCAACUACACUACCAAGAUUGAUGUGUGGUCGACAGGUUGCGUUAUGGCUGAGCUCAUGCUCGGUCAACCGCUCUUCCCUGGCGAGUCCGGUAUCGACCAACUAGUGGAGAUCAUCAAGGUCUUGGGAACGCCUACUCGAGAACAGAUCCGAACCAUGAACCCCAACUACAUGGAGCACAAGUUCCCUCAAAUCAAGCCCCACCCCUUCGGCAAGGUCUUCCGCAAAGCUGAUGCGAACGCCAUCGACCUCAUUGCCCGUCUGCUUGAGUACACUCCCACGGAGAGGCAGGCUGCUGUUGACGCCAUGGUCCAUCCUUUCUUCGACGAGCUCCGAGACCCUAGCACAAAGCUGCCCGACUCGAGACACGGUACUGGCCAGCUCCGGGACAUGCCCACUCUGUUCGACUUCACCCGACAUGAACUUUCCAUUGCACCGAACCUGAACCACAAGCUGGUGCCCGCGCACAUUCGCCCUAUUCUCCUGUCCCAAGGUCUCGACAUUGAUCACUUCACGCCUUUAUCGAAGCAGGAGAUGAUAGCAAAACUCGAUUGA